AUGUAUAGCAACCGCAAGGUAAACCUGGACGGUGACCUGGACCGCAACUUAACCAUCGACCCAGUAUUCGCCAGUCAUAGUUCGGUCGCUGGCUUUGGACUUGUUCUUUCGAGCCAUGAAGGGCUUAUCGACACCGUGAAACGUAUAGUGCAUCAGGAGAACCACUGGUCGAAAUUUGCGAGUGACCUUGCAGUCGCUCUGGUCGCAGCCUCGCGAGCCGGUAACACUGAUGUUGCGCAAUGUGUCGUCGACGGCGGUGCAAACAUCGACUUCAUCUGCGGGAAGAUGGGAACAGCGCUGGAGCAAGCGUCUUUUCGUGGUCAUACUGAAAUUGUGUCCUUGCUACUUGAACGUGAUGCAGAUCACAGCCUAUUUGCAGUAGGAACGCCACUGCAGCGCGCAUCGAAUAAUGGCUAUGAGCAGAUUGUGAAACUGCUAUUGGCGAAGGGAGCGAGUCCAAACUACGUGCCGAUAUCAGGCACCGCUCUGCAGCAGGCCGCUGGUGGGGGCUACCAGGGCAUUAUUAAGGAUCUAUUGGACGCCGGAGCAGACCCAAACCUGCUAGGAGAAAAGUAUGGUGGAACGGCAAUCCAACGCGCCGCUUGCGAAGGCCACGCAAACUGCGUGAGACUGAUUGCCCAGGCAGGAGGCGAUCCUGAUCUGAUCGAGCCGGGGACAUACGCUGCUAUCUAUCGUGCCAUAUUUCUGAAGCGCGUUGAGUCAAUCGAGGCACUCAUCGAUGCAGGAGCC